UGUACCCCCGCGAACGCCUCAAGUGUGAACCUUCCUUGCUAAGAUGCAGCCAGAUCAGCGAAGAAAGGCACCCUUGGAAGUGGACUUUUUCACUGAGUAUGGUGAGGGUAGCAGGUACAAAAUAGAAGAAGUGAUAGGUAAAGGAAGCUAUGGUGUUGUUUGUUCUGCAUUUGAUACACAUACUGGGGAGAAAGUUGCAAUUAAGAAGAUCAACGAUAUCUUUGAACAUGUCUCCGACGCCACACGCAUACUUCGUGAGAUAAAACUUCUUAGGCUCCUGCGUCAUCCGGACAUUGUGGAAAUCAAACACAUCCUAUUGCCUCCUUCAAGAAGGGAAUUCAAAGACAUAUAUGUUGUUUUUGAACUUAUGGAAUCCGAUUUGCACCAGGUUAUUAAGGCUAAUGAUGAUUUGACACCAGAACAUUAUCAGUUUUUCCUUUAUCAGCUUCUUCGAGGCUUGAAAUACAUACAUACAGCAAAUGUUUUUCAUCGGGAUCUGAAACCCAAAAAUAUUUUAGCGAAUGCUGACUGCAAACUCAAGAUUUGUGACUUUGGUCUUGCAAGGGUAGCCUUCAAUGAUACUCCCACUGCAAUAUUCUGGACGGACUAUGUUGCAACAAGAUGGUAUAGGGCUCCUGAAUUGUGCGGAUCCUUUUUCUCCAAGUACACCCCUGCAAUUGACAUAUGGAGCAUCGGCUGCAUCUUUGCUGAACUUUUAACUGGGAAGCCUCUCUUUCCUGGGAAAAAUGUGGUCCACCAGUUGGAUUUGAUGACCGAUCUGCUGGGAACACCUUCAGCUGAAGCCAUAGCCAGGGUGCGUAAUGAGAAGGCCCGAAGAUAUUUAAGUUGCAUGCGCAGGAAAAAACCUGUACCUUUAUCGCAGAAAUUUCCGAAUGCAGAUCCCCUUGCCCUCCGUUUAUUAGAAAGGAUGCUUGCAUUUGAACCCAAGAAUCGACCUAGCGCUGAAGAGGCUUUGGCAGAUCCCUAUUUUAGGAGCCUGGCCAAGGUUGAGAGGGAGCCUUCUGCUCAGCCAGUCACGAAGAUGGAGUUUGAAUUUGAGAGACGAAGGAUAACAAAGGAAGAUGUAAGAGAGCUCAUUUACCGAGAAACUCUUGAGUACCAUCCAAAGAUGCUGAAGGAGUUCUUAGAGGGAACAGAACCAACGGGGUUCAUGUAUCCUAGUGCCGUUGACCAAUUUAAGAAGCAAUUUGCUUACCUUGAGGAGCACUAUGGAAAUGGUGCGACGGUGGCCCCACCUGAGAGGCAGCAUGCGUCCUUACCCAGGCCAUGUGUGUUCUAUUCAGACAACACGGCACAUAAUCCGGCAGAGGUCACUGAUGAUAUGUCCAAGUGUUGCAUCAAGGAAAUGGAGAAGCCGCAACCAGAUGGGAAUUGUGGAAUUCCUGGGACGAGAUUUCCCCUCCAAGUUCCCCAGAGAAUCCAAGGUGGUGCCGCAAAGCCUGGAAAAGUGGUUGGUUCAGUGUUACGUUACAACAACUGUGCAACAGCAGCACAAGAGGCUUACGAACAAAGAAAAACAGUGAGGAACCCAACAGUCAUGACUCAGUAUCCCGCAUCCAGCUGCUCAUAUCCCAGAAGAAACCCGAGCUGUAAGAGUGAUGUGGGGGAGGAGGGGAUCGAAGGAUCCAACUCAGUUCAGUCCAAGCCUCAAUACAUGGCGAGGAAAGUGGCCACAGCUCAAGGCGGAGCUGGUGGUCCCUGGUACUGAUUCUGCAUUGGCUAUUUGAUGCAUUUCAACAUUAUGUUGCCAGCUCAGUAGCAUGGUCACCUAGCCCAGCGGUUGGUAUUGUAUGGCCUGCAGAUGAGGAUGUUAUUGUCCACCCAAAUAACAUGCUCCAUGAUGGCAUAUGGAACUUGUACGGCAUCUCGACUUGAACAUCCAGCAGAGCCAAUAUAGAUGGACCAUAGCCCAAAAUCAACAUUGUCUGAUGAUCCUAACCACAAUUGGAGAAGUUGGGGAAAAUGGAACUUUGUCCCCAGCUCUGGCAGUUGUAAAUGCAACUGAUGUGAUUUUUGGGCUAUGGCCCAUCCAUGAUGGUCCGCGCUAGACAAGAGUCCAGACAUCAUGCAUGUGUGACAGGUUUUCUAUUAAGUGUGAUAUUCCGGCAUGAUGAUAAUAGCAAUCCUUUAUAAACCAGUUGGUUUUUACGAUAACUUUUUAUUCUGACCCAGCGCACAGCUUGUAAUAUAUAAGGGUUUCUUCCCUUACUGUUGGGAAGAAGAGGUUACUUUGAGAAAAGAAGAAAAAGAACAUUUUCAGAUGAGUGGUGGGUAGAAUACCAGUCUGUUUGAUCAUUUUCCUGAUUUUCAGUGAGAACUAUAGACAAAAACGUUAACCUCCUUU